AUGUCUAAAUCUCUAACACCGGAAGUCCUAUGGGCUCAAAGAUCCAGCGAAUCGGACCAAGAACGCAAUUUCCUGCUGGUCACCAUCAUGAUUCCGGAUUGCGAACAACCCAAACUAGAAUUGAAGCCCACGCAUCUGGAAUUCACUGCCCACUCUCCAGGACACGUUGGCGACGAGGAGGAACAUAGAUACAAACUGCACAUUGACUUCUACAAAGAUAUCGACGUGGAAAAAUCGCAAAGUAGGGUGGCCAACGGUAGAGACUAUUUCCUCAAACUGUUCAAGAAAGAUCUCGAUGCCGAGUUCUGGCCUCGUUUGACCAAGGAAAAACUUAAGUACCACUUUAUCAAGACAGACUUCAACAAGUGGGUCGACGAGGACGAGCAAGAAGAGCAGCAAGACGAGGAUCUUGGGUUCGACGGCGGUCUUCCAGGUGGCCAAGGUGCGCAGGCCGCAGCGUUGCAGGAGCUUCUCAAAAAUGGUGGGGCCCAAGGUCUUGAGGGCCUAGAGGGCCUUGAGGGUUUAGGCGGUCUAGGCGGUAUGGGUGGUCAGGGAGAACACCAUUCCCACUCCCACUAG